GAAGCUGUGGAAAGGAGAGUGGAAUUGAACAAAGAUUUUGCAGGGAAUUCGUAAGAAUACAACUGGAGAACGCGAAGGGAAAUGGCGGACCAAACCCUUGUUACAUCUUCUUCCCCCCCUCUCGAUCUCGAUUCACUGCGCAGUCGAAUAUUGGAGCUUAGAGAUCUGUUGAAAAACUCCGAUGAAGCUCCGGAUCUUUCCUCUUCAGAUUCGGAGCAAUUUCUAAACGAUUGUGCUCUUCACCUCGAGAGCAAAUUUAAUCAAAUAUUAUCUGAUACAUCAGAUAUAGACCUCUUAGCUGAUAGAGAUUUAGAUGAACUUGUGGGAGAUUUAAAGAAUGAGCUAAGCUCUUUGGAGAGUGAAAAUGAAAAAGUGUCAAUGGAAAUCGAGGAAUUUUCGAGAAGAUAUGUGGAAGAAUCUGGAAAGUUGGAAGGUGAAAUCGAAGGCUUACAUUGUUCGUUGGACCUUUUGGAAUCACAGAGUAUGAAGCAGGGGAAUUGCCAUGCUUUUUGCUCUACAGAAGGAGAAGAUCAAGUGAACUUAAUAAGCACACAUGAAGGAUUUAAUUUUCAGAUUUCAAACCUUAGCAAUCAACUUGAGAAGAGCAAAACAAAUUUGAAGACAUUGGAAGAUCUUGAGGGUGCUUUCAAGAGGUUAGAAGCUACAGAAAUACUCAAGGAUGCAAUUAGUGGUCUGCGAGUAACUGAAUCUGAAGGCGAUCACAUCAGGUUAUGUCUAAGAACAUACAUCCCUAACAUUCGUAGCUUAAUGCUUCUGGAACAGUUUGAGGAUUCUUGUGGGCUAUUAGAUCAAGACCAUGAAUUGGUAAUAGAAUUAAUGGAGGGUACGAUGGAGGUCAAGCAUGCUGAGAUAAUCCCCAAUGAUGUACAUAUAAGCGAAAUUGUUGAUGCUGCAAAAUCUCUCAGGGUAUGGGAGGAAUAGUUUAUUCAUCUAGAUGCCAGUUUGGAUAAAAAGAGAACAUGGCUCUUAGUAUUUUUAGUUUUUACUAAAGGGAUUGGAAAUUAAACUUAGGUUCCAAUU